AUGGCUCCCACUCUUGAAAUCUCCAUCCCCACCACCAGUGUCUCCCCAACCUCCCCACCGCACACUCUCUAUCACAUCACCCUGCGCCUCCCACUACGAUCCUUCACCGUCUCGAAGCGCUACUCCGACUUCACUACCUUCCACACCACCCUCAUCAACCAAACCAACGUCGCUCCUCCAGCUCCCCUGCCCUCGAAAUCCUGGUUCUCCAACACCAUCACCAAUGUCUCUCUGCGGGAAGACCGCCGCAUCGCCCUAGAAGCUUAUCUUCGCGCCAUCAACGACGCCGACGACUCCCGAUGGCGCAAUUCACCCGCCUGGCGCGGGUUUCUGAAUCUCCCCACUGCGGCGACCACGAACGGGUCUUCCACGGGUAGUACAUCAAUAACAUCUGCACGGUUGCACGCGGCGAUCACGGAGCCCUCCGGCGGCGGCAGAACAGGGGACGAGUCAGCAGCGAUGACGGAUCCCACACUCUGGUUGGAUUGCUAUCGGGAUAUGAAGGCACAUUUACAUGACACUCGACUUCAUCUGACGAGACGGGAUCAAGAAACUACGCCACAGAAACAGCAUGAGAGUUCGGCCCGCGCAAAGAGUAGUCUUGUGCGGGCGGGGUCAUUAAUAGUGGCCCUGGAGGAAGGGUUGAAGACUCUGGGUGAGUCGAGUCGGUCGCAGAGUCCCGGAGGAAGAGAGGGACGUAAACAUGGGAUGGGCGGUGGCGGGGGAGGAGGAGCAUUGGGUGAAGGGGAGUUGCGCCGGCGGAAGGAUCUCCUGAUCAAUGCGAGGAAGGAAAAGGAUGGUCUGGAAGAUUUAUUGAACGCGAUGGCGGCUAAGAGUCGAGUAGAUCAUGCGAUUGCGUCGAUUCAGGAUAAAGAAGCUCUUGUGGGCGGUGCUGGGAAGAAACCGACCAGGUCUGGGAGGGUUCUGGGGAAGGAGACGGAGAGAACGAGGGAGUUGGAUAAUCAGGGUGUUUUGCAGCUGCAGAAGCAGAUGAUACAGAGCCAGGAUCAGAAUGUCGAGGAAUUAAGGAAGAUCGUGAAUCGGCAGAAGGAACUAGGGAUUUCCAUCAAUGCCGAGCUGCAGUAUCAGAAUGAACUACUAAAACUGACGGAUGAAGACGCCGACAGGCUGCAACGCAAGGUUGAUAUUGGGAAGAAGAGGAUCGACAAGAUCUCCUAG